AAAGAAAAAAAAAAAAAAAACUGACAUGAACUCCUAAUAUAAUGGCCAACGUCUUUAUUCUUCUUCUUCUUCUUUUUUUUGUUUUCCUUCUCUUCAAAAUAUUUUUUUUUUCUUUUAAUAAUAUCAUGUCGUCCUUUCUAUCUUUUAACAAACAAAAAAAGAAAGAGGAAAUAGAUGAAAAGCAAUUAAAUGAGUCAUAUCAGCUCAUUGAUACAAAUUCGAUAGAUCGUCUGGUUAGGAUGCUCGAACAACACUCACAACGUCUUGAAAUUGAAAACAAGGAAUUAAAGCUGAUUAUUAUCGAAACACAAACCAAGUAUGAAAAGGCACAAAAAAAAACAAAUAAUUCGUUCUAAUAUGAUUCAACAAUCGAAAUCAGAUCCAUUAAUAUUUGGUGGUUCAGAUGCGCUAUGGGAUACAAUUGCUAAAAACCAAGGAAGUGAUACAACUGUAGAAAAAAUAAUAAGUAAUUUUUUGCGUCGAGGAGGUUCACCGAAUACAGCGAAACAAUCACCCUCGAUGGGUUCUGUUAAAUAUGGCUAUGGCAUGAUUCACGCCUUAAUUGUUACCAAGGCAUCAAAUUCGUUAGACUUACUCCUACAGCAAGGAGCAAAUCCAAAUAGCAUGAGUAUAAGUCAAAUAGAUGAAGAAAAGGUCUCACCUUGUUAUUUAGCGGCAAGUAUAGGGUGGUUACUAGGUUUACAAAAAAUGGUUCAAGUAGGUGGCGAUAUCAUGUCAGCUAGAGGAGAAGGAAGUAAAAAGAAAACUGCACUUCAAGUAGCAGCAGAGCAUGGACAUGUUCAUGUAGUUGAAUAUAUUAUUCAUAUAACAGAAGGUGUAUUAAAUUUAGAGACAGAUGCUCUAGGAGCCAACGUGUUACAUUAUGCUUGUGCAUCAGGACAUAAAGAACUUGUUUCUUACGCUAUCAAAGUCUGUCAGGUACCAGUGAAUAAAGCUGAUCAUCGAGGAGAAUUACCAAUCCAUUGGGCAACUCGUCAUGGGAAACUUGAAGUUGUAAGUCUUCUUAUUGAACGUUAUGGAUCCUAUAUAAAUCCUUAUGUAAAUAAAAAAGUCGGUACACCCUAUGAUAUUGCUAAAUCAUUAGGUCAUAAACGGUUAGUUACAUAUCUUAAACAACAUGGAGGAAUGGCUGCAAAAAAGAUGGACAAACAUAAAGAAGAAGACCUAGUUCAACAAGUGCCAAAACAUCUUGAGCAUGUGCUUUCUAAAAACGGAUUCUUUUUUGAUGAUCUUGAUGAAGCCAUAUUUUAAAUAAAAUACAUUCUACUCCUCUCUUUAUUAUUAAAUCUCAGAACAAUAAGUUUUAAAGUUCAUGUUGGUAUCCCUGAAUAAUAAUAAUAAAAAAAAACA